ACUCUUUUCCAUAAAAUGCCUUAUUUUGCAAAACUCAUUUUAUUACUCUUUUGCUUUGUCCUUCUUGUGGAGAGCAGAAAGCACAGGAGGAGGAGGUGGACAGGUCAGCUGGAGGUGCAGAAGGCAAGCCACAUCUAUAAGAAGAAUCAUGACAUGACCAAAACUCGGAAAGGAAAAACAGAACAGCUUUUGAGAGUCGAUGACCACGAUUUCACUAUGAGGCCAGCUUUUGGAGGUCCUGCCAUUCCUGUUGGGGUAGAUGUACAGGUUGAAAGCUUGGACAGUAUUUCUGAGGUCGAUAUGGACUUUACUAUGACACUGUACUUAAGGCACUACUGGAAGGAUGAACGCCUCUCAUUUCCUAGCAUCACUAACAAGAGCAUGACCUUUGAUGGCAGGCUGGUGAAGAAGAUUUGGGUUCCAGAUGUCUUCUUUGUGCACUCCAAAAGAUCAUUCAUUCAUGACACAACCACUGACAACAUCAUGUUGCGAGUGUUCCCAGAUGGUCAUGUGCUAUAUAGUAUGAGGAUCACAGUGACAGCAAUGUGCAACAUGGACUUCAGUCGAUUUCCCCUGGACUCACAGACUUGUUCUCUGGAACUGGAAAGCUAUGCUUACACUGAUGAAGAUCUGAUGCUUUACUGGAAAAAUGGGAAUGAAUCCCUGAAAACUGAUGAAAAGAUUUCCUUGUCUCAGUUUUUGAUACAAAAGUUUCAUACUACUUCCAGACUCGCUUUCUACAGUAGCACUGGAUGGUACAAUAGACUGUACAUAAAUUUCACUUUACACCGCCACAUCUUCUUCUUCUUGCUCCAAACCUAUUUCCCUGCCACUCUAAUGGUCAUGCUAUCGUGGGUGUCCUUCUGGAUUGAUCGCAGAGCUGUACCUGCUAGAGUGUCAUUAGGGAUAACCACAGUGCUGACCAUGUCAACAAUCAUCACUGGUGUAAACGCCUCCAUGCCAAGAGUUUCCUACAUCAAAGCUGUGGACAUUUACCUCUGGGUCAGUUUUGUGUUCGUCUUUCUCUCCGUGUUGGAAUACGCAGCAGUGAAUUAUUUGACCACAGUGCAAGAACGGAAGGAAAGGAAGUUGCGAGAGAAGUUUCCAUGUACAUGUGGAAUACCUAAUACAAAAACCAUGAUGCUGGAUGGAACCUACAGUGAAUCUGAUGCCAACAGCCUGGCAGGAUACACAAGAAGCCAGCUAGUGAAUGAGGAAGAAAAACAAGACAAAAUGGUGGUUCAUUUGGCCAUGAGCAAUGAAUCUAAUUCAUCGAGAAAGAGAGGGCUGAAAGGCCAUGUUGGCCUGCGCAUCAUCCAGAACACUCAUGCGAUUGAUAAAUACUCAAGAAUAAUAUUCCCAGGCACCUAUAUAUUUUUUAACUUGAUAUACUGGUCUGUCUUUUGCUAGACAUACCGAGGCAGAAGCCCUUUACAGGACUAAGUGGGUGUUUUUUUUAAAAAGUUCAAUUUGGCUGUUAAGCUAGAAAACCAAUUCUCCUAUUGUCCCUGUGGAGCAAAAAGCACUGGACAUAUCCUGCAACAGGCACGUUCAUCCAGAGGCUUCCCUGAGAAUUUGGUGUGUCAAUUACUCUGUACGCCUGACCCCCAUCUCCCCUCUGCUCUCUUGGUUUGUGCAACAGCUACUGUAUAUAUAUAUACACUGGGCAAUGCUGAUAGUGCCUGAUGUGCCCUGGGGCCCAGAUCCUCAAAGGGACUGAGGUACCAAUUCCCCUUGAUUUCAAUAGGAGUUAAGUUCCUAAAUGCCUUUGGAAAUCUAGGCCAGGGAAACUACG